CUGUAUCAUCUUGAGCAUGCAGUGCUUCAAGAACUAGAAAAAAAAGUAACAGUAUCUCAAUAUCAGCUCACGUAUUACCGACAUCGCUUCCAGUUACCCUUUAAAAAACUUGUUCUUUGCACACCACCUGAUUUCUGUUGUUGAUCGGCUUUCUCUUCGUUAGUUGAACUUUGUGACAUUGAAUCUAAAUCGAGAAUAAUACUUUCAUGAAAAAUGAGAAAUAGCAAAUGAAUCUGUAACAGUAAUAAUAUCGUACUAUUCUUCAGAGUGCACAAAUUUGUCUAUGAAUAAAGGUAUCAGAUGCAUUUAGAGUAACAGAGUAGAGGACAUCCGUCUGUUCUAAGACCUCUCAAAUUUGAUAGUGCUGUUAUUUUGGAGAUGAACGCUUGUAUUUUUAUUCCACUGAUGAGGUUGGGUAUGGAAAACCUAAAAUUCAACCGCUUUUUAUUUUUUUGAUUGUAUAUAUAUAUACAUAGUUGGAUAGAGUAUAUACAUGGUUGGAUAGAGUAUAUACAUGGUUGGAUAGAGUAUAUACAUGGUUGGAUAGAGCUCGUCGAGCUGAUUCCAAGUAUGUAUGUUUCGAUUCUCUAAAGAAACUUUUUGAGGAUCAAAAUUCGAAAAAACUGGAAAAUCUCGAAAAACCCCCUUGAUUUAAGAAAUCAGCGUAUAUCUUUCAAAUAGUGAGAGUGGGAGCUUUAAGAGUUUUUUCUUAUUCUGCGUUAAAAACGGAAUCUUAAAAACAUAGUUACAAUUAUUUUCUAAUACCUGAUGACCGUGAAAACUUUUAGUCUUUCGAUCAUAGUGGAAACCAUCAUCGCUGGCUACAAAACGAAUCAGUGGUGUGCAAAGAACAAGUUUUUUUAAAGGGUAACUGGAAGCGAUGUCGGUAAUACGUGAGCUGAUAUUGAUAAACUGUUACUUUUUUUUCUAGUUCUUGAAACACUGCAUGCUCAAGAUGAUACAGAUAAGCUACAGACGAAAGAAAUUCAGCCUACGAGUAGUUCAAAUAAUACAACGAAAAUUGGUUACGGGACUGAAAUAAAGAAACAAUGGAACCGCAAAUUUCGCUAUACGUGUCCAUUUACAUCUCGUCAUAGUAUCGCUACUGUUGAAGAAACAUACGGUGUUCGAGUGGACGAGAACAUGAAAUUAUGUGAUGGACCGUACAUUAUUUUGCUUACACAUUUGCUCAAAGUUCAUAAAAUGCCACGCCCAUAUGCCACUCAAUUGGUCGAUGCUAUUCAGACGAUGCAAAUUGAACAACUGGAGUUGGAGAGUUUAGAAGAAGAAAUGAAAGAUUUAAUUUAA